CCGGCGGCGGCCGGAAAGAGAACGUUUCUGACACGAACUCACAAAAGGAUGCACAUGGAGUCGCUCUACAGGCGGACGGGGAUUCAUAAAUACAACUCUGCGUGGAUGGAUUUCCCUCCUCAGCGACGUAGUGACGAAUUUAAUUUAACUUUGGUGUCACUCCUUUGGAGGUGAGCCAGGUUGCAGUGACAUGGUAAUAUUUUCUGAAUGGCACCGGACCGUCAUGGACCCAAAGAGCAGCAGCUGUUUGCCAAUGACUGGUGAAGACACUGGUUUGGGGGCUUUGGCCUCACCACUGACGGGGUAUUUGGGAAAAGUGCAGGAAAGAGCUGCUCCUCUGGAGCAUUGUCCUUGGUGUACUUCAAAGGGCUUGACCUUUGCUUUGCGCUCCUACUGCAUCAACCUCCAGGAGUCCAUCACCCUCUGCACAAAUCCACAGUGCCUCUUCCCCCUGGUCUCCCGAUCCUUGGAGGAUGUUUUGGCUAGCUUGGAUCCUGUGGAGCCCACUGCUGGGAGCAAAAGAAAAAAUGCCUCAGCACUGGAAACAGAAGAGUCGAUCAAACCGUCAGUCAAACGUCUACGAUCAAGUGAACUGCAGGAUCUUGGGCCACAGAGCAUUACUGACGCACCUAUUAACCUGGCAGAGCGCAGUACUGUAAACACCGUCACGAAUGGUCAACAUGCAGCACCUAAGACAGAUGGUGAAAAGGUAAAUGGAUACCACAGGGAGUGCUCACUUGCAGAGACAACAGGAUCUGAAUCGCUACAAGAUAAGGAUUUUGCUCUAGAGAAGAAUCCAGACGGUGGUGCAGAUGGUCUUGCUCCUCCUACGUGCUCAGCCUCAGUUGGACACACAUCGGACGUUUUGUUGACUGCUGAUGGGAGUGACCCUGUGCUUUCUCCUCACUGUGGUGCUCUGGGUAAAUCAGAGAAUGACUUACGGCAGGGGAGGAGUCCUCCUGAGGUGCUGAACAGAUGCAACAGACUGAGUUCCAAUCAAUCCUAUCUCACAAAUGGAGACAUUUGUUGUACUGAUCUCUGCGUUUCAUCAACUCAGGACAGUGAGGAGACAACGUGGACAGAGGAGAAAUCUCCUACUGCGGACAUUGCUGGAUGUAAAUACACAGGAGGCAUUAAGUCGGAAAGUGAGGAUUUGUCCUUUACUUCAAUGAUGGAGUCGGAGGAGCUUGUAUCGGUUCCAAACCAACUUUUCUGGAGAAACAGUGACAACCUGUGUUGGCUGGACUCUCUGCUUGCUGCUUUGGUGACCUGUAGGAGCUUAAGAAAAUUUAAACCUAAAAGUGAGCCUCAGCGAUCAUCUGUGUGGUGUCUGAUGAGAGAAUAUGAAGACAUUUGUGCUACCGUCCAAGUCCACCAACAGACUGGCAAAGAUGGCGUAGUCAUGGUGCCAAGUCGUGUGCUGCAAAAGGCCAGUGCAGACCUACAGAGUCUCAGGAUGUCGAUCUUCAAACUACUGCAGCCCAAACUGCACUGCAAACUAGGUCAAAGGGAAACUCCGGUGUUUGCCAUGCCACUUCUGCUCACGAUGGAUUCUUGGGUGGAGCGUCUUUUCCAGUCAACUUUUCAGUGGGAGUUUAAAUGCAGUGAAUGCAAAACUGCUACGAAAGAAAGGGUCACGAAAACUCUCCCCACCUUCACAAAUAUCGUGCCUGAUUGGCGCCCUCUUCAUGCAGUUCACUUGGGCCCGUGCAAUUUCUGCUGCAAGAAGAAUCAGAUGAGGACUAUGGUGCUGGAGAGCGUGCCUCCAGUGUUUGUGCUGCACUUUGUGGAGGGGCUUCCUGACAAUGAUGUCAGUAUCUACAACUUCAGCUUCAAGGAGAAACAUUACUCAGUCACCACUGUCAUACAGUACAACUGUCAACUUAAGCACUUUGUCACAUGGAUUUGGAAUGCGGAUGGGUCAUGGCUGGAAUAUGACGACUUAAAACACCCAGACUGUAAGAUCCAUCAAAAGCUCCAGGUCCCUGCCCAUGAGAUGCAUGUUGUCUUCUGGGAAGCAGAGGAUCAUAAAAGGCCUUGUGCCUCUUCUCCCUCCGGCACAUUUGUUGAAUCUCCCCCAUCUGAAAAUGAAAGGAUCCCCACUUUAAACGGCAAAGACUUAACCGCAGAUGAACUGUCUGCUUGCGCUCCAGAUCAUUCUCUUCUUUUGCCUCACGACGACACAGACAUUGUCUCUGCACUCACAUUAUCUGAAGGCAGCAGCAGCAUCGUGGACACAACAGUUACAGCCAGCAAUGAUACAACUAUAGGUGCCACAACGUUGCUUGACACCUUUGAGGGCCUUUCCCACAGCGACAUCUUUACGCUUACACUGGUGGAGCUAAAAGAUGAUUCAGAAACGCAGCCUGUAAAUGGCAUCCAGCAAACUGAGGAUUUAAGUGUUUCCAGUAGGAAUGAAAUGCUCGACCCAAUACCAGACAGCUCCUCCACUGCAGUAGCUAGUGAAAUGAGUCCCGUGUCUGAUGUUGAGCAAUCGACCGCCUCAUCUGACCCCGAGUCAGUCGACGACUUGGCUACUGAUCCGACAUUUGUGCCUGGUGCAAGACGAGGACAAGGGAGAGGAGUUGGCAGAGGAAAAGCUGUUGGCAGACAAAAGGGUAACAAGGCACCUUCGUCAAAAGCAGCACAAGUUGCUUCGUUACCAGCAUCUCCACAACCCGUCAAAGUAGAAGAUGAUAAAUGUGUGAGUCCUGCUCCUCAGGAUAAUACGCCACCUGAUGAAACUCCCCAGCAAGCAUCCCCUGUUUCUUCCACUGAUAUCUCACCUGUGUCCACCGGUCAGAAAAGCACCACAAUGGCAGGUUCCAAUGCUCGCUGGUCCUUCCUGCUCAGCAAACACCCUGUGAACCAGCUUCACAAGUCCACCGCUAAACUUGUCCCCGGCCACACGCCUGCCUCGGUCGCACAGGGAAAUCCCAGCCCUCCUAUUCACUCUACGCCCAACCCACUGAAAAAGCAGCAGAUCGCAGCUAGACUCUCCUUUAAAGCACAGCUCAAGAUGGAGAACAGCGAUGAGGGUCUCCCAAUGAAAGCUGCAGAAAUGUACGGGGCAUUCAAUACAAAGAGCUCAAACAUCCAGAGUCCGCUACCAUCCCCAGCUCUUCCCACACCUAAACUGCUGGAACCCAUCGCUUCCAGCUGCCCAACAAAUACCAAAAUCAUGUCCGGUACGUCACUAGCUGUGUCUCAGACAAACGGGCUCCCUGACAUCUCUGCUUUAAAGAAACAUGGCAGCCAGUCCACAAAGGUUCCCACGGGUCUCAGCAGCACUGAAGCCCUCAGAUAUAAGCUGAUGAAGAAACUGAAAGCAAAGAAGAAGAAGCUCGCCAAGCUGAACAAGCUGCUGGGUGAACAGGGGGGAGCCGACCUGCACUCUCCCAGCACCGUCACCUCCAGCACCUACGACGGAUCCACCUGCGACGACUUCCUGUCAGACCUGCUCUCUCCAGCAACAACGGCUAGCAACCUUUCACCAGACAGCACCGGCUUCUUAGAGAUGCUCGCCAACGGGCAAGACGGAGCCGACUGUGUGGUCGGGGCUGGUGCAAUGUCGCAGAAAAACAACGGCACCAACGGGGUCAACACCGAAAACUUCCUGGAUGAGUUUCUCUUGCAGGCUGUGACUCAGAGACCAACGGACAUGGAGACUGAGGCGCUGAGUGCACUUGAACUUUUCAUUUAAACUGUAGCUUGGAUGUUGUCUGCAGGCUGCAAGCACAGAUAACCUUGCUUGAUCAAUAUGUAAAACUGUUUUACAAUCGACACCUCAUCUGUUUGUUGUUUACAAAUUUGAAGUAGUCAGACGUGUUGGUGUGUUUAUAUUACUAUUAAUUUACAAGCACCGAUAAAGUUUUUGCAAUUUUGGCACUUUGUAGUAUAUAUGUACCGUAUAUAACUGGGUGGUGCGAAGCAACUAUGUUGACAGUACAAGCUGUUUGUUUGCUUUGUUAUCUUGACAAACUACUUGAAACCUUUUUUAAUGUCAAUAAAUGCUUUAGAUGA